AUGGCGACAGUGGUGGAGAAAAACACGGUAUCGAUGUUGAAACAAUCGGUAGUAGUGAUGCUGCAAGGAAUGCAAUCAGAAGCUGAUGUGUUGAGCAAGCUGAGUUUGUGGCGUGAAGCUUCUCGUAUCGUCAAUGAGGAAGGAGUUAGAGCCUUUUGGAAAGGGAAUAUGGUUACUGUUGCGCACAGGCUUCCUUAUUCGGUGUUGAACUUCUAUGCAUAUGAGAAAUAUAAUAAAUUUUUCUAUUCGAACCCAAUCUUACAGAGCUAUUUAGGGAAUGCGAGUAGCAGCUCGUUUGUUCACUUUGUCAGUGGCGGCUUGGCUGGUAUUACAGCUGCUUCUGCUACUUAUCCUCUUGAUCUUGUUAGGACACGUCUUGCUGCACAGAGAAAUACAAUGUAUUAUCAAGGUAUUGGGCAUGCUCUCCGUACCAUAUGCAGAGAAGAAGGCUUUUUGGGUUUGUAUAAAGGACUUGGUGCUACUAGUUGGUUGUUAACUGCUUGGUGGUACGUCUUUUCUCUUAUUCAGGGUGUUGGAACUGGUGGAAGAGCGAGAGUGUACAACACAUGA